UGGCCCGUAUGCCGCGUUCAAACACCAAUUCCUCCAAAAUCCCGCUGUCUGCACCCCCCCCCCAAAACACACUUUCCUGACCUCUUCCCUGUGUGGGAACGAGAAUAGGGAUUUACUUUUUUCUUUCGCUUAUUAUUAUAUUGUGUUCGAAAUGAAACAUGUACACAUGGACCUGAAAAAACCCUCUCGAGCCCAGCUGGAGCGUGGAAAAGUGUGAUCCUGAUGUUAGCGCAUCUGGGACUUUCGAAAUCGCCAAACGAGCUCCCCCGACGCGGUAUUCGCUAGACCAACCAACCUACGACCCGGCCAUGACAUCAACACUGGGCAAGCCAGACCGUGUCCUCGAGCAAGACCACGUCCACGACGUCUACAACGUCAUUGCCGAGCAUUUCAGCGCCACGCGAUACAAGCCCUGGCCCGUUGUUGACGAUUUUCUAAAACACCUGCAGCUAGGAGCCCUCGGGGCCGAUGUCGGAUGCGGGAAUGGGAAAUACCUCGCUGUCAACCCGCAGGUGUUCACUGUGGGGUCCGACAGGAGCAUAAAGCUGAUAGAAAUAUGCCGCGCCCGCGGCUUCGAAGCCAUGGUGUGCGACAACCUGCGGCUGCCGUACCGGGACGCCUCGUUUGAUUUCGUCACGUCGAUUGCGGUGAUACAUCAUAUGUCGAGCCCGGAGCGGAGGUUUGGGGCUGUUGAGGAGCUGUUCCGGAUUCUCCGGCCAGGCGGAUCCAUGCUUAUAUUCGUAUGGGCGUUUGAGCAGGAGGGCAAGCGGAAGUUCCAGGAACAGGAUGUCUUCGUCCCGUGGCAUAUGCCCAAGCAACGAUACAACCCCGACAAGUCGCAACAGACCGCGCCUUCCCCAGAUACGACAGCACCAGCACCUGCGUUCAAAGAGGAAGGAGAGGACCGUGUGUACCAAAGAUACUACCACAUGUUCAAAGCUGGCGAACUCGAUGCGCUCGUGGGACAGCUGGAAGGUGCAACAACGGUUAAGGCGGGGUAUGAUAGGGAUAAUUGGUAUGUGGUAGUCAGGAAGGAUGAGAGGGGUUGAGGCUAGAAAGCUGUAUAUACAGCCAGGGAAUUCAGUUAUAUGAGACGCGCUGUCAGGGGCAGCCCUAUGUUUUUCUUCCUGGUUUGCUCCCAGUCGAUCGUCACAUACGCACUAUCAGCGGUGAAUCGGAUCCCCCAUACACAGAAACCCUCUCUCUUCAUCAAUAUUUUGAUGUUCCUCUUGAAGGCCUGCAAUGUUGUCGGAUUGGGACGUAUCUGAUCUGGGAAGAGGAUAACGAACACUUUCGUGUCCAAAGCAAGGCUCCCUAACGACCGUUCCAAACUAUCUUCGAGCAAUUCGAGAACAUCGUAAUUGAUUAUG